UAAGCUCAAAAAAAUGAAUAAUAAAAGGACGGUUGAUCAAGAGACUGAAUUGACAGCCAUUGCAGAAAUCCAACCAGUAAAGAAAGAGACGAUUGAGUCAGAUAUAAAGCAAAGCCUUGCUUCUGCUCCUCCUUCUUUACCUAAUUUGAUUGAUGAUCUCGGGAUGACCUCAUUCCUGGCUAGUCUUAGACCCGUCCCAGGUAGUAAGAAAUGGACCUACGAAAACCGUGACAUGGUCAAGGCUUGGACCAUUUUCAAAGCGAAAUGCGCAGGUGCCACGAUUGAUCGUGGUAUUUCUAUCAAAGAUGAUAUACAAUCUCUCUUGGCACUAUCACAUAUUUUUUACAUUAAGUCGAGCGAUAAUUCACAGAUUAUGAAUGAUUAUUUCCAAGGUCCAAAUAAAUUAUUUGGCAUACGACAAGAUGUUAGGAGAAAGAUUGGUUUAGAAAAUCAGUAUACUUUUCAAGGCUCUGCGCAAUUGGAUGUUAUAAAAACUAUUGAGAAUUUACUUAAGAAAAACACUGGUAAAAGAAAAAUUGCUGCUAGUGAAGUUUUAAAUAUAGCAGUAAACCUUCCCGAAGAUGAAUAUUUAAUAUUAUCAGAGCUUGUGUCAAUGAUCAAUUAUUUACCCCGUCGACCUGUAACAAAUGUAGCAGAUCAACAUUGCAUCACAGAAUAUGCAAACCCUAUUCUACGACCUAUCUUUGAAAAUGUCAAUGCGAAAAGAAAAUUAAAAUGGACAAAAAAGGACACAUUACAGCAAGUGGAUAUUCAAGCUCAAGUUCAUCUACUUUCGUCACAAUCUAAUACGUCUCCCCUUUCAAUUGGAAAAGUGACACAUCUGACUGGUGAUACACGGCAUGACAAAUUGAAGAUUUCUGCAGAUCUUAUACAACUUGCAAUAGACUCCAAAAAGAAUAUUGACACAUAUUCGGAGUCCUCCAUUCGCGAUGUCACAUUUUUUCAUGUUGUUGGGUUUAAAGUGACAAUUUAUAUCAUGUCGUUACUGCACGAAGGGCUAUACGCUAUGCUGGAUAUUGCAGAGAUCAACAUACCACAAUCCAUUGAAGAUUUAGUCCCUUUCGUAAAUAAUCUAGAAGCUUCGAUUACAGCUUCCAGAGUAUUUAAACACUGCUCUUCAAAAGAAAAUAAAGACAUUGUAUGCAAGGACUAUUUUAGACCAACACUAUCUACAAGGAAAUUCGAUCAAUUGGUGAAACCACUUCCCUCUCCCACGAAACGAACAUUUUAAAAAAAUAAAAACCCGUUUUCCAUUUUAUAAAAGUCUAAUGUGUCAAUUUAUUUAUUUGGUAGCGCUUUAAGCUUGGAACCUCCACCUCCUCCUGCCAUCAUAUGAGCGGACUGAGGUGCGAAUUUCUUGAUUGCAGCAAUCAACUCGGGGAAUCUUAAUGGUUUAGUGACAUAUUCAUC